AUGGGUUUCCAAAGGCCCGAACGAGUGUCGUUCGGCAUGUCCGAGAUGUUCACCAGCAGAAUUCCGCGCUACUGCCGACGGAAAACAUCGAGAUCCACUGAUUUGAGCACUUCAUCCACAAAUUCCUUCUCUUCCGCCGAUUCCCACAAUGAAUUCCAUCGACGUUUCGAGAGGAUCGUAUUGUCUUCACAGAACAUGAUUUCCUAUAAGACGCAAUAUUGCCGCUCAUUCAGAGAGAACGGAGAUUGCGCAUACGGCGGAAAUUGUCGAUUUGCCCAUGGGGAAGAUGAACUGAGAAUUCAAAGUGUAUGUUUAAUAAUUUUGUACGUUGUUUUUGGUUUUAGGACUCGUCUUUGAUUUAGCUGCGAUAUGCCAGAUGUUUUGUUUGUCGUUAUCACCAAUUUUUGGCAUUUUUUUCACAUUUUUUAAUGAUGGUAUCUAUAGGAGAUUUGUUGAAUUUUAUUAAAAUUUACCAUUUUUGGCCUAUGUGGUUUUGCAACACUUUUAAUGAGUUUCGAAGAAGCUCGUAAAUGUAAAAUCCUUGAAAUUCAUGGCGUCCGACUUGCUUAAAAACAUUAUUUUAAGGCUCAGUUCCAUCCGAAAUACAAGACGCGGCAAUGUCGCAAUUAUUUGACAAAAGGACAUUGUCAUUAUGGAAUAAAUUGUCAGUUCAUCCACGACGAAACAAUAGAACAAAUCAGUUUGUGGAGAAGGAACGCAUUUUCACACAGUGGACUUAGCAAGGACAACAUGGAUGAAGCCAAAUUGCAGGAACGAACCAAACUCUUCGUCUCAGUCAUGGAUGAAUUGCAGCCAAUAUUCAGCAAUGGGUGGGUGUUUUACGAGUUUUGUUUGCUUUUUAGACAAUGAGGAUGAAUAUGCAUCUAGAUGAGUAAUAUUGCUAUUUUAGUCUCAGAACCAUGGAUAUUGGACUUCGAGAAGAUCCCUUCCUAAAAUUGAAGUGGAACAAGAAUGUGCCACAUGCCUGA